UAGGCUUCAUCGAGCAUGGGCCAGUACCAUGACAUGACGCCCGCGCAGCACCAGAGCACGCUACAGAAGAUCGUCGACAUGUGCAAGCGGUUUCGGCGAGCCGUGACUUGUCGUGAGGACGACACCUUGCUCCCACCUCGCAGUUGUGGGCCGGUGCCUGGGGCCGGUCCAUCGUCACGACGGUCUGCACCCGCGGCACAGUCAGGUCCACCACCACCGCCACCCGUCACGAUGGCGACACCUUCAGCUUCUGCAGCUCGGCCCACGUACGUGCCGCGGCCGGCACAUUUGUACUCGGCAGUGCCCGGCUCGUCGUCGUUUCCGCCGAUAGAUCCGUACGGCGCCGGAUCGUCCUCCCUUCGUCGUCCAAUACACGAUUUAGAGUACCAGCAGGUGGGAGGGACAGACGACGAUGAGGAGAUUCAGGACGUGGACGACCUCGCGCAGAUGGAGUGGGUGAACACGUUCUUCUCUGCUGCACCGACACAGGAGGUCGUCGGCACUUCACAGCUGGGGGGCGCCCCACCCGCGACGCAGGACUACACUCAGGUGGAGCAGACGCCUGUUCCUGAGCAGGGUCGUCGGUCCACUCGCGAGACCAUCCCGCUGGAACCACUGACGUACUCGCAGCACCACACUAGGGCGGCCCAGGCUGCAGAGCGACGUGGCAGGAGGAGAGGGGGCAAGCGCGGACGCAUUUAGUGUACAUGUUGUAGCUUGUUAAUUACUUUGUUCCGUCAGACUAUGUUAUGUAGGCAUGUGUAGACUAUGAUGGGCGAUGGGAUGUGUCCGUGCAGUGAGAUUAUGACGAUUAGGCCGGUGCCGUGCAUUGGA